AUGGUCGAUGUGCCGAGAAAUUUUCGCCUUCUCGAAGAGCUGGAAGACGGCCAGAAAGGAAAGGGAGAUGGCAACAUCUCAUGGGGUUUAGAAGAUGAUACCGAUAUGACUUUGACUAGGUGGACGGGUACCAUUAUUGGACCGCCUAGGACACCAUAUGAGUCUCGCAUUUAUAAUUUGCAUGUGGAAUGUGGGCCUAAUUACCCAAAAGAAGCUCCAAGUGUCCGUUUCACCACGAAGAUUCAUAUGAAUGGAGUAAAUCAAACAACUGGAGUGAUUGACAAGAGAAAUCUUAGUACUCUACGCUCAUGGAACGGAAGCUUUAUGAUCAAGUCUGUGUUGGAGGAUAUCCGAAAGAACAUGAUGUGCGCCAAGGAGAAUAUGAAGUUGCCCCAGCCUGCUGAGGGCGCUACUUUCUAA